AGUCACAACAACAAUUCCGAUAAUCCAUUGACCGUUUCUCGUUUAUAUUUUUUGUUUUUGUUAAUAUUUAAGAAUAAAACGAUUGUAAUAAAUUAUAUCUGAUCUGUGAUUAUAAGAAUAAAAUGUUUUCGACGAGUACACAGAGGAAGUUUUGGACGUUCAGUGACGAGAAUGAGAUAGCACGGCACCGAGAAAAACACAAUUUGCAGUACAUUUCAAAGCAUGGGGCUAAUAUUGACGAAUAUCAACGGUAUAACUUUUUUCUGUCCCCUGAUGAGGAGAGACUGCUUUUAAAACAAUACGAGCUUCAUAUGAAGGAGUUCUGCAAGAGGUUCAGUCCACCGAUGCCGAAGGGCGUAGUGGGCACCUCAUUUAAUUACUUUAAGCGUUUUUAUUUGUACAACUCCUCAAUGGAUUAUCACCCGAAAGAAAUUCUUGCCACCUGCGUAUAUUUGGCGUGUAAAGUGGAAGAGUUCAACGUGUCUAUAGGUCAGUUUGUAGCUAAUAUUAAAGGAGAUAGAGAGAAGGCAUCUGAUAUUAUAUUAAAUAAUGAAUUAUUGUUAAUGCAACAGUUGAACUAUCAUUUGACUAUUCACAAUCCCUUCAGGCCAGUAGAAGGCUUCCUUAUUGAUAUAAAAACGAGGUGUACACUAGCUAAUCCGGAACGGUUACGAAGUGGGAUUGACGAAUUUCUAGAAAGGGUGUUUUUAACAGACGCAUGUUUGCUGUAUGCUCCGUCACAGAUAGCUCUGGCUGCCGUCCUUCAUGCAGCGAGUAAAGAACAGGAAAAUCUUGAUAGCUACGUCACAGAAACAUUAUUUAGAGACGCCGGACCAGAUAAAUUGGCUAUUUUGAUUGAAGCAGUACGUAAGAUUCGUUCGUUGGUUAAAAUGGUUGAGAGUCCAGCACGAGAACGAGUUAGGAUUAUUGAGAAGAAACUAGACCGGUGUCGUAAUCAGGAGAACAAUCCGGAUAGUGAAAUAUACAAGAGGCGUAUGAGAGAAGCCUUGGAUGAAGAAGACCUGCCAUAUUUGCAACAGAGCAGAAUGUCUCUAGAUACAAGUGGAAUCUCACAAGUGUUGUCCCCUUCGGCGUCUUAAUAUUGACUAUUACUGUAUUAUUUUGACUUAAACUAUUUUUUUUAUAUAUAGACAGACUACACAUAUAA